CAUGAACUAGUUUGACCCACACUAUGAAUAAAACAAAAUUAACUUCUUUUAUCAAUUAAUUACUCCCUAAUUAUUAUAUUUAUUUAUUAGUUUGUCCUACGUUUUGACAACACAUUUCCUUAUGAGGGUUUAGUGCCUGUUUGUCUCCGCGUGAUAUGAGGGGAGGACGCGCGUUUAUUCCACAGCUCAAGAACAGAGUAACCAAACAUUUUUUCUGUUGUCUUCUCUAUAAAUUUCUCCACCAUUGUUACCAAUAUCACAUAUGCAUGCAAUGGACUCCUCAAAAUCUCUAUGCCACCUUCAUUUUGUCUUCAUCCCUUUAAUGGCCCCUGGUCAUCUUCUUCCAAUGGUAGACAUGGCCAAGCUAUUUGCACGCCGCAAUGUCACAGUGAGCAUAGUCACCACACCCCUCAACUCAAUCCAAUUCAGAGACACCAUAGAUAGAGAGAUUCAAUCUGGUUCACCAAUCCAAAUUCUGCAUGUUCCAUUUCCAAAUGCUGAAUCUGGAAUACCUGAAGGGUGUGAGAGUGCGGAUACUCUGCCUUCAGUGGAUCUCUUUGAAAACUUCUUCGUCGCUCUACGCUUGUUGCAUCAGCCACUGGAAGAGCUUCUUGAAAAUCUAACACCAAUGCCAAGCUGUAUAAUCGCUGAUAAACAUGUUAUGUGUGUUGCUGAUAUUGCCAAGAAGUUGAAUGUUCCGAGAAUAACAUUUGAUGGGACUAGUUGCUUCACUCACCUCUGCAAUCGCAAUUUACAUGAGGCUUUCCCUGAUGAAGACAAAUUUCUUGUCCCUGGAUUGCCCCAUAGAGUAGAAUUGCGAAAAUGUCAACUUCCACCUGAGUUCUUGAAAACAAACACAAAGAUUGAUACUUACCGUAAGGAAGUAAGGGUGGUAGCAGAAAAAACACAUAUGGUGGUGGUUAAUAGUUUUGAAGAAUUAGAGGCAGAGUAUGUGAAAGAGUAUCAAAGGGUCACAGGUCGGAAAGUUUGGUGUGUUGGUCCGGUAUCACUAUCCAACAAGGAUGAAUUGGACAAAGCUCAAAGAGGAAUGAGAAAUUCAAAUGACUUGAGCCAAAUUCUGAAGUGGCUUGAUUCAUGGCCUCCAAGCUCAGUGAUUUAUGUCUGCCUUGGUAGUCUCAACCGCGCAACACCGAAGCAGUUGAUAGAGAUCGGUUUGGGACUGGAAGCGACGAAAAGGCCAUUCAUUUGGGUGCUGAGAGGUGCAUAUGGAAGAGAGGAAUUGGAAGAGUGGCUCUUGGAAGAAGGGUUUGAGGAAAGGGUGAAAGGGAGAGGACUUUUGAUUAAGGGUUGGGCACCACAAGUGUUGAUAUUGUCACACAGUGCAAUAGGAGCUUUCUUGACACAUUGUGGAUGGAAUUCAACACUGGAGGGGAUUUGUGCUGGGGUGCCAUUGAUCACUUUUCCUCUGUUUGCUGAGCAGUUUUAUAAUGAGAGAGUUGUUGUGCAAGUGGUGGAGACUGGGGUGAGUUUGGGAGCUGAAGCUGUUGUGCAUUUGGGAGAGGAAGAAGGGAAGAGUUAUGUUCAGGUGAAGAGGGAAAGUGUUAGGGAUUCUAUAGAGAAGGUAAUGGGUGAGGGUGAAGAGAAAGAGAAGAUGAGGGAAAGAGCUAGGAGGUAUGCUGAGAUGGGAAGGAAAGCGAUUGAAGAAGGAGGGUCUUCUUACCACAACAUUUCUCUUCUAAUUGAAGACAUAAUAAUGCAUGUACAGGGUUGAUUAGAUUAGACAUUAGAGGCUAAAGCUAAGCCACAGUUGAAACCAAAUAAAUGGAUGAUGGUGUUGUAGGAAAGUUUUUUUUGUUUGCUUUGGAAUACAGUUGUAGGAAAUUUCUAUCAAAAAAAAAAGAAAUAGAAUUAAUAAUAAUAUUGUUAAUGGCAA